AUGAGCAAAAAGAAUGAUGUAUAUGAAGAAAAUGGAGAAUAUAAUCCUAAGGUUGAAGAACUUUUAACAAGCGCCUUAGAAUUUUUUAAUAUUCAUGGGCUUGCUAGAGAGGAAGUUAUAAAUAAUAUAAAGAAAGACGAAAAUACAAUUAAAUUAUUAAACGAUUUUUAUGAAAAGAAUGAAGAAUGUUUAUUUAUCUUUAAUGAGAAAGAUUGUAUAAAGAUAUAUAAUUCUAUAUUAGAUCUCUAUAAAAAACGAAAGAAUGAGAAAUUUUUAAUUAUAUAUAAGACCCCACAAAGUAAUAUUUUAUAUUUAGAAAUGAAUAAUGAUGCUGAAAAUGUUAUAAGAAAUUUUUUAGAAAUUUUUUUUUCUAACUUUAUGAAUAAAAAUGAAGAUAUAAAUUCAUCUUCUCUUUUAAAAGAAAUGAAAAAAAAGUUUAAUAAUUUUUUGCUUAAUUUAAGAAUUAUAUAUGGAGAAACCGAAGAAAAACUUACAUUACCUUAUGCUCCUUCAGAAAUAAAAGAAGAAAAUGUUAACACGAUCGAAGAAUAUUUAAUACAUUUUAUUAAAUGUUAUCAUAUAAUAUUACGUAAUUUUAUGAAUUAUAAGAAAAAGGAAUAUAUAAAUUGUUAUGAAUUUUUAAAAUGUCUAAAAAACAAGAGUGAAGAUAUUAAUUAUUUAUAUAAUGAAAUAGAUAAAGAGAGCUUUCAAGAAAUUAUAAAUAUAAUUUUAGAAAAAAAAAAAAAUUCGAGUUAUAAAAAUAUUAUAGAAAAUAUAAAAAAAGAAAUAUCUGAACAUAAAAUGGAAAUAUUAGAUCUUUAUACUCAUUUGAAACCAGUAGUACACUUUUUACAAAAAUUAGAAUUUAAUAAAGAUGAUGAUAUCGAAAAAAAAUAUAUAUAUAUUACACCUAUAAUACAUUCCUUAUCUAUAUCUAUAGAUAAAUCUAAUUACUUGAUAAAAAAUUGUAAAUUUGUAUUUAAUUUCUUAUCUAAAGUUUUAAUUAAUUCAUGUAACCAGAACUUGAAUACUCCAGAAAUUAUUAAUUCUAUAUAUAAUUGUGUUGAUGUUUUAAAAAUUAAAUUGUAUGACACUUUGAAUUUCUUACUUAACUUUUUAUAUAUCUUUAAAAUGUAUAAGAGUAAAAAUGAAAAACUUCAAUCCUUACAUGAGCAUAACACAUAUGUAAUUCAGAGGAAAACACAGAUACAAGUAACUUCUGAAAAAGGAAAUGAGCUAGAUAUUAAUAUGUCACCUGAAAAAAAAAAAAAUAAUAAUAUAAAUAUAGAUAUUAUAUCGUCUUACCAAAAUGGAAACAAUAACGAAGAAAAUUUAAAUCAAGAAGAUGAUAUAAAAAAUGAAUUAGAAGAAGAAUAUAGUUAUUUCCCAUCCAUAAGUUUGUAUAUGUAUAAAUUAAAGAUACUUAUUGAAUAUUUAAAAAUUUAUCAAACAUAUAUGAAACUUGAAAAAAUUGAAAUUCCAGGAGAAAAAGGAAAAAACUUGACAGAAGAAAUACAUAACAUAUCUAAUGAUUUUAAUAUAAUAAAUGAAAACUUUUUAGAUAUUAAUCAUGAAAUUUUAAAUGAACAUGAACAUAUUUUUAUAAACAAAUAUAAUAUUUUUGAAUCUAGAGUGAAAGAAUUAAACAAAAGAUUAAUAUGUGUAUUUGUAUAUUCUUUUGAUAACGAUUUAAAAAAAAAUAUCAAGUUAUUAAAUUCGUUUUUAAUAUUAAGAGAUAUACAUGUUAUCGAGGUAGAGUUAAUAAGACAUGCCUCUCUUUUAUGUCAAGAUCUAAAGAAGGAAUUUAUAUUAGUAGAUAAUUUAUUUAUAAAAAACAAAACCAUUAUAGAAAACAACAAGAAAAUGUUUUUAGAGGAUAAAUUCCAACAGGGUCAAUGUGACCUUGACGGGAUAAAAAAUGUGAUGAGUAAUAAUAUUGAAGAGGAACAUAUAAACAAAAAGAAUAUUACAGGUGAAAAUAUAAUAAGUAAUAAUAUUGAAGAGGAACAUAUAAACAAAAAAAAUAUUACAGGUGAAAAUAUAAUAAGUAAUAAUAUUCAAGAUGAUAAUACAGCCAACACCAACAUUGCAGAUGAAACUAUCCCGGAUGUAAAAGCCCCAAGCAUAACAAAUAAUAUAAAUGUAAAUAUAAAUGUAAAUAUAAAUGUAAAUAUAAAUGUAAAUAAUAAAAUGAAGGACAAACUAGAGAUAGAUAAAAUGGAACGAGAAAUCAAAGAAAGGUUUGAAGAUAACUUGAAAAGAUUAAACAUAAAUAAGAAUUCUCCUUUAUUUUGUGAAGUUAUAAAUUUAUUUACUUCAUUAUUAAAAAGAAUUGAGCAACAAUAUUUCCCUCUAAAGAAAAUAAUAAAAGUAUUAAAAUUUGAAAAUGAGAAAACUGAAGAAGUUAAACAUUUAUAUAAAAAUAUAAAUGAGAAAAUUAGUAAAUAUAUAAAUGAUGUAAGCAAAGAGUGGUUUAAAGAAACUAUUGAUGUUGUUAAUAAUUUUUUGAAUGAAUAUAUAUUUAAAAAAAGGAAUGAUUUAUUUUAUGUAAAUUUCCAUCCUUAUAUCUUUAUGUUCAUUAAUAAUAUAAAGAAUUUUUUCUUAAAUAAUUUAAGUGUAAAUGAAGAUUGUUUACAUAUUUAUAAUAAAGCAAAUACAUUUAAGAAAUUUAUUAACAUUUUAAAUAAUAUUACUAAAAAAUAUAAUAGUGUCUUAACUAAAACAUUAGAUGUCGAAAAAGAAUUAUUUGAAGAAAAAAUGAAUAAUAUAAAGAAUAGAUUAUUAAAAGGUGUAAAAGAAUUAAAAUGGUCAGAUGAUAAUAUAUAUGAAUAUAUUGAAAGUGUUGAUAAAGAUAUGUCUGAUAUAUAUAAUAAUAUUUCUACUCUUCAUAAUAAUAUUGUAUCUAUAUUAAAUGUAACCAGUAACUGGGUUAAGAAAUCUAUUAUUGAAAAACGGAAAAGGAAUGAAGAUAUAUAUACAUAUUUAAAUAAUUAUAAAAAUAAUAUGUCUAUAUUAAAAGGGAAAUUAAAUGAUGAUUUUAAAAAUAUCAAUAUGAAUAUUAAGCAGUCAUAUGAUAUUUUAAAAAUAAAGAAAAAUAAUAUCAUGUGGAAAAAUUAUUUAAAAUUUUUAAAUAAUAUAAUUAUAGAUAAAUUAAUACAUUUAACCAAUUUUUUAUUUAAUAAUUUAUAUGAUGUUAUGAAAUGUACAAAAAGAGAUGAACAAUUAUUUAUUAUAAGAAUUAAUUUUAUAGAAAAUAAGCUUAAUUUAGAUUUAAAAUUAACAAGUAAAAAAACAUUUUGUAUAGAAACAAUUUUUUAUAAAUGGAUAGAUGAUUUUAUGAAUCUAUGUUCUGGUAUUAGAAGAAUAGAUAUAAAAAGUGGUGAUUAUUUAAAUGAAAUUUUAUUAAGUUUAAGUAUUCAUUAUAAUAAAAAUAAAAUAGAAAAUUUUUUUCAAAGUACUAUUAAAAAGAGUUAUGAAUAUUUACAUAGUUUAACAAAAUAUGAACAUAUAUGGAAAAUUGAUAUUAAGAAAGAAUUUCUCUCUUUUAAAAAAAAAAACGAAAUACAAUUAUAUCCUACUUAUUUUGAAUAUAAUAAUAAUUUUCAGGACUCUUUAAAAUUAAUAAAUAUUAAUAUACCUUACUUAUUUCCAAAUGUGUUAGCAUAUAAGAAAUUAAUAUUAACCUUAAAACAAGACCUUAACAAAUUCUAUCAUUUAAAAACAUAUGAGCCUAUAAAUUUUAUUUUAUUUUAUUCUGAAAAUUUUGUAGAAAAGUUAAUAAAUUUUACUAAAAAAAAUAUAUCUCUAUAUAGUGAAUAUCUUCAAAAUUUUGUAAAAGAUGUAGUAUAUUCUAUUAAUUCGUUUUAUGAAAAUGUUAUAAACAAUUUGAAGGAAAUAAGUAUAGUAGAUUUUUUUAGUAAAAAAGGCGAUUCCAAAAAGGAAAUAUUGGAAAAAGGGGAGACCAACACUGGUCUUCAAAAAGGAGAAAAAAAUGUUAGACUUAAGAAGGAAAGUAUUGACAAUAUGGAUAUUUCUAAAAUGGAUAAUAAUAAUAAUCAAAUGAAUGAUGAUAAUAAUCAAAUGAAUGAUUUUGAUGAUAAUGAUAAAAUGAUUGAUUUGGAUGAUAAUGAUAAAAUGAUUGAUUUUGAUGAUGAUGAUAAUAAUAAUAUUUAUGACGAAUCCAAGCGAUAUAAAAACAAGAAUGCUCUUAAGAAUGAAGUGGAAGAGAAAGAGAAAGAAAAGACAAAUGUAUCAAAUAUAAACAAAAAGAAAGACAUAUUUUACAAUCUAAUGAGAAACCUUCGAAGCGUAAAAUUGAGCAGAAAAAUUAUCCCAUUAAUUUUUCAAAAGAUUAAAGAAAUUAUGGAAAACUUAAAAGAAUUAGAUAUAAUUAUAAAAUAUAAUGAUAUAUUAGAUAAUAUUGAAAAGAAUAAAGAGAAAGUAGAAAUACAAUAUAAUGAUAUAAAAGAGAAAAUAUUGAAAUAUAAAAAUAAUGAAAUAAAAAAUAUAAAAUUAGAAAUAAAAGAUUUUAAAGAGGAAUUAACUAAACUUAAAAAACAUAUUUUUAAAAAUAUACCAAGUACACCUAAAGAUAUAUAUAAUUUUCCAUAUGAAAAAAUUAAUGAAUUCAGAAAAAGUUUUCAAACUUAUAAAGAUAAACAAAAAUAUCAUAAUGAAUUAGAAAUUUUAUUUGAAAUAGAUAUUACUAUUUUUGAUGAAUUAGAUCAAAUUGAUAUUAAAUUAACAGAUCUUAAACAUUUAUGGGAUUUAGUAAAUAGUAUAAUAUUUUUUAUAGAACAAGAAAAAAAGAAAUUAUGGAAAAAUAUUGAUGUUAAUAGUAAUAUUUAUUUAAUUGAUUUUAUAUCAUUAUAUAUUAGAAAAAACUUUUUUGAUUUAAAACAUUUAUCUAUAUAUGAAUAUAUUAUUAAAGAAUUAAAAAAAUUAUCUUCUAUAUUACCUUUAUUGGUUGAUCUAAAUAAUGAAUGUAUAUUUGAUAGACAUUGGAAUAUUAUUAUAAACAUAUCGGGAAACAUCAAUAAUUUGUAUACAAAAAAAAAAGAAAAUAAUAAUAAUAAUAAUAAUAAUCAAAACAAUUAUAUUAAUAAUACAGAUUUAUUAAAUACACCAUUAUCUAAUAAUAAUAAAACAUCUAUUAUGAGUAUUCAUACUUUUAAUAAAGAAGAACAAAUAAAUAAUGACAAUACAUAUGAUAAUGAAAAAGAAACAAAUAAUAAUAUUUUUCUUAAUAAAAAUAUACAAAUAAAAUAUAAAGAAUUAACUCUUCAAGGAUUCUUUGAUCUCAAAUUAUAUAAACAUGUAGAUGCAGUACAUGAUGUUAUUGAACAAGCUAAAAAAGAACAAAAAAUUGAAAAUAAAAUUAAAGAAAUAAAUGUUAUAUGGAAAGAAAUGAAUUUUGAAUUCUUUAAAAAAAAUAAUUAUAUACAAAUAACUAAUAUGGAUAUGAUUCUGGAAAUUGUUGAUGUACAUACUUCUGAAAUUUUGUUCUUUAUUAAUCAAAAGAAAUUUAUUUUAUUUAUUCAAGAAACUAUAUUAAAUACACAAGAAAAUUUAAAAAAAAUUGAUGAAGUCAUAAAUAUAUGGAGAAAGUUUCUGAAUAAAUUUGAACGACUACAACCUAUCUAUUUAAAUUCAGAAGAUAUACAUUCACAACUUCCUGAGGAAAGUAAAAUGUUUUUUAAUAUCGAAAAUGAAUAUAAAGAAAUCAUACAUAGUGCAGCAGAACAAAAAAAUGUUUUACAAGUAUGUCUUAAUGAAGAUUUAUUCUAUUUAUUAAGCAAAUUUUUUAAAAAUAUUGAAUUGUGUGAAAAAGCUUUAAAUGAUUAUUUAGAUCAAAAGAAAAAAGCUUUCCCACGUUUUUACUUCUUAUCUAAUAUUGCUUUGUUGGAUAUAUUAAGUAAUGGAAAAAACCCUUUCAAAAUACUCCCUUAUAUAAAUGAUGUAUUUAAUGCUAUAAAAACCAUACAAUUUAAGGAGGACCUUGUUCAGAGGGGGCCUGUGUCGGAACUAAAUGAACAAAAUGAAGAGAAUGAUUUGGUAAAGAAUGAGGAAAGAAGUGAAACCCAAAAGGACCAAAAGGACCAAAAGGACCAAAAGGACCAAAAGGAUCAAAAGGAUCAAAAGGAUCAAAAGGACCAAAAGGAUCAAAAGGAUCAAAAGGAUCAAAAGGAUCAAAAGGAUCAAAAGGAUCAAAAGGAUCAAAAGGAUCAAAAGGACCAAAAGAAUGUUAACACAGAUGGUAAAAUGGAUGGUUAUACAGAUGACAAAAUGAAUGGUUAUACAAAUGAUGCCUCAUAUUAUGGGCAAGAGGAAGACGAAACAUAUGAGGGUGAAAAUAAAAAAUGCAAAGAUAUCAAAACGUGUGAAUCCAAAGAUUAUAUAGCUAAAGGUGUUUAUAGUGUCGAAAAUGAACAUUUAGAAUUUUUGAACGAACUGGUUUUAAAAGGAAAUGUGGAAAAUUAUUUGAAAGAUUUGGAAACUCAUUUAAAAGUAACAAUUAGAAGUAUAUUAGAAAAUGCAAAAAUAUGUUCAGAAAAUUUAGAUGAACAGAAUAGAGAUGAGACUAUGAUAACGAAUUAUAUUAGUCAAGUAGUAUGUACAUGUAAUCAAAUUAUUGUAACAGAAGAAAUAAAUAAAUGUUUUGAUGAAUUAGAAAAUGGAAAUGAAUCAGCUUUUGUAGAUUAUAAAAAGGUAUUAAUUGAGAGAAUUAAUAAAUUAAUAAAAUUAGUUGAAAAAACAGAUGAUUAUAAUAUAAGAACGAAAUUAUUAUCUUUAAUUAUAUUAGAUGUACAUACAAGAGAUGUUAUAAUAUCAUUUAUAAAAAAAAAAAUUUCCGAUAGUACUUCUUUUGAUUGGCAAGCACAAUUAAAAUAUUAUUGGGUUUAUGAUAAAAAAAUUAAUAAUUAUACAUGUGAAAUUAAAUUAUGUGAUUUUAAAACGAAAUAUCUAUAUGAAUAUAUAGGAAAUUCAGGAAAAUUAGUAAUAACCCCUUUAACAGAUAAAUGUUAUAUUACAUUAACACAAGCAUUAAAUUUAAUAUUAGGAGGUGCACCAGCAGGUCCGGCUGGUACUGGGAAAACAGAAACUACAAAGGAUUUAUCUAAAGCCAUUGGAAUAGCUAUAUUUAUAUUUAAUUGUAGUAACCAAAUGAAUUAUUUUAAUAUGUCUCAAAUAUGUAUAGGUUUAUCGCAAACAGGAGCUUGGGGAUGUUUUGAUGAAUUUAAUAGAAUAAGUAUAGAGGUAUUAUCAGUUGUUAGUACUCAAAUUAAAUGUAUAUUUGAUGCUAUUAAAGAGAAAAAAACCAUGUUUCAUUUUAUUGAUGAUGAAAUAGUAUUAAAGAAAACAUGUGGAUUCUUUAUAACUAUGAAUCCUGGAUAUGCAGGAAGAACCGAACUACCUGAAAAUUUAAAAAAUUUAUUUAGAUCAUGUUCAAUGAUUGUACCUGAUAUCAAAUUUAUUUGUGAAAAUAUGUUAAUGUCUUUUGGAUUUAUUAAAGCAAAUAAAUUAUCUUAUAAAUUUGUUGAGUUAUAUCAAUUAUGUAAAGAAUUGUUACAAAAAAAUAUUCAUUAUGAUUGGGGAUUAAGAGCUGUUAAAGUAGUAUUAAUACAAGCUGGAAACUUAAAAAGAAAAUAUGCUAACUUCGAUGAAGAAAUUAUUUUAAUGAAAGCUUUAAAAGAUUUUAACAUACCUAAAAUUACAUAUGAAGAUAUACCUAUAUUUUUAGGAUUAAUUAAUGAUCUCUUUCCUAAUGUUAAUUGUAAUAUAUUCGAUGAAAAAGAUCAAGAAAAAGAAAAUGAUUAUGAUGAAGAACAUAAACAAGAACAACAAACAUAUAUUAUACAAGAUGAGGAAAAAAAAUUAUAUAAAAAGAAAAAAAAUAUUCAUCAUAAUAUAGAUAAAUAUAAAAGUAGCAUCACACAAAAUUUUACAAAUGCAAAUGAUAACAAAAAUCAUUUAUCAAUUAAUAAAGAUAAUUAUGAAACGAAUAAAAAUUUACUCACACAUUAUCAACAUGAUAUUUGUGAAGAUAUCUCCCAAAUAGAUAAAACUAAAAAGGAUGUACAAAUAUACGAUGAAGCACAUAAUGAAAAAAGUGAUAUAAAUGAAUUAAAUCAAAAAACAAAUAUAAUAGCUAAUCAAAAUGUUAAUGAAAAUUAUAUAAAUAAUAAAGAAUAUGAUAAAGAUUCAAAUAAAAUAGAUAAUUUAAAACAGAACAAAUUUAUGAACGAAGAAAAAAGAAUCAUUAUUCACAAUUUUGAUGAUGCCAUAAAAAUAUGUUUGAAAGAAUCAAAUUUACAAAUAGAUGAUAAUUUCAUACUUAAAGUUAAACAACUCAAGGAUUUAAUGGAUGUAAGACAUUGUGUAUUUAUAUUGGGAGAAGACGGGUGUGGGAAAUCUAGUGUCAUAGAUAUUUUAAUUAAAAGUUUAAAUAAAAUAAAUGAAAAAUGUUUAUAUGAAAUUAUAAAUCCUAAAUCUAUUGAAUCAUAUGAACUUUAUGGAUAUUUAACAAAAAACAAUGAAUGGAUUGAUGGUGCUUUAUCAUCAAUUAUGAGAAAAAUGUCUAGAAAUAUUAGUCCAUAUAAUGAAAAUAUAAAACAUAAAAUAACUUUAUUAGAUGGUAAUAUAGAUGCUGAAUGGAUAGAAAGUAUGAAUACUGUAAUGGAUGAUAAUAAAGUAUUAACAUUAGUAAGUAAUGAAAGAAUACCCUUUACUAAAGAAAUGCACUUAUUUUUUGAAAUCACAAAUAUGAAAUAUGCAUCACCUGCUACUGUUAGUAGAGGUGGAGUUCUUUUUAUUAAUAAAGGAGAUAUUAGUUAUAAAUUAUUUAUAAGUUCAUGGAUUAAUUUGUUAAAUAAUAAUAUCGCAAAAACGGAAUUUUAUUAUCUAUUCAAUAUUUUCUAUUCACAAAAUAUAGACAUGUUAAGAAAACAAUGUAAAUUUGCUUUUGAUCUUUCAAACUUAGAUAUUGUAAAAUCUAUAUGUAAUUAUAUUGAUUAUUUCUUGUAUAAAUAUGAAAAAUAUAUUAAUGAAGUCAUAAAAAAAAUCGAAAACAAACAAAAUGAAGAAAUAACCUUUAUGAAAAAUGAAAAUAAUAGAGAAGACUUAUCGAAUUCCAACAUGAAAAGAAAAGAUAAAACAACAAAAGAUAAAGAUACAAAAGAAAUAAAUGAUAUUCAUAAUAAAGAUAUAAAAACACAUGAAAAAGGAUCUCAAAAAAUGGACAAAAAAACAAAUUCUUUCAAAGAUAAAAUAAUAACAAAUGAUAAUGAAUCUAAAUUAAAACAUCAAAAAAAUAUGAAUCAUGUAGAUGAUAUAAAAAUGAAUACAAAAAAUUUAAUAAAUAAUGAAGAAAAAAAUAUAAUAAAUAAAAUUAAUUAUAAUUAUGAAAUAUUAAAAGAUUAUUAUAAUUGUUUUUUUAUGAACUCGUACAUGUGGGUAAUAAACAAUUUGAUAAUAGAUGAUAAAAUUAUGAAUUCGAAAAAUAUAUUUAGUAACAAUAUUAAAAGUAAUUUAAAGGUAAAAAUGGGGAAUGACUAUUGUUGUAAUUAUAUAUAUAAUAUAUAUGAAAAUAAUUGGAAACACUUGAGCGAAUAUUUAGAUGAAGAUAUUUUAUUUCUUCAGAAAUUAAAAUGGAAAACUUCUGAGAUGGAAAAUGAGGAAAAGGGCUAUGAACAUGAAGUGGUACUAGAGGGUGAUGAAGAUGACAAUAUGGAUGAUGCAAAUGAAAAUAUGGAUGAUGCAAAUGAAAAUAUGGAUGAUACAAAUGAAAAUAUGGAUGAAACAAAUGAAAAUAUGGAUGAAACAAAUGAAAAUAUGGAUGACACAAAUGAAAAUGUGGAUGAUAUACAUGACAAUAUGGAUGACACACAUGACAAUAUGGAUGAAAAGAAAAAGAAAAAGUUAAUAAAAAAUAAGAAAAAGAAAAAAAAGGCAAUUAAUAACUAUAUUGAAAAUAUGUUACCAAAUAAUUAUGAUGAUAUAUAUAUAAACACCAUAGAAUUAAUAAGAAUUGAAAAAAUGAUAAAAUAUUGUUUAGAAAGAAAUCAAGCAAUAUUAGUAUAUGGAAAUAAUGGUACAGGAAAAACGAAAUGUAUUAAGAAUAAUAUAAAUAUGAAUAUUGAAAAGUUUACUCAUACAAUUAUAAGUAUAAAUUAUUAUACAAAUUCAUUCGUACUACAAAAAAUCAUAGAAAAUAAUGUGGAAAAAAGAAAUACAAGAACCUAUGGUCCUCCUAAUCAAAAGAAACACAUAUUUUUUCUAGAGGAUUUAAAUAUAACUGCCAAAGACAAUUGUGAUACUCAACAGACAUUAGAAUUUUUAAGACAAUUAUUAACAUAUAAAUUAAUAUAUGAUAGAGAUAACUUAGAUGAAAAGAAAUUUAUUCAUGAUAUAUCCUUUAUAGGAACUAUUAAUAAUAAUACAAACAAACUUAUAGAUAAAAGAAUUCAGAAUAAAUUUAGUAUAAUAAAUAUUGAUGAUAUAAGUAUGAAAACAUUUGAAAAUAUAUAUAAAAUAAUAUUAAAACAACAUUUACUUAAAUUUGAUGAUUCUAUAAAAUGUUUAUUAAAUAAUAUUAUAUCAUUUUCUUAUGAUUUAUAUACUAAUAUAACAGAGAAUAUAUCAUUUAAUUUGUCUAAUCUAGCUCCUCAUUAUUUAUUUAAUUUGAAUGAUAUACAUACAAUAUUUUAUAAUAUAAUAAAAUGUACUAAUCCAGAUAUAUAUAAUAAUCAAUUUAAAUUUCUUAUGAUUGUAUUUCAUGAAAUGCAGCAUGCAUAUAUAAAUAAGUUAAUAUCUGAUGAUCAUAUAAAUAUUUUUACUCAAUUAUUUAAUAAAUUAGUUCAGCAAUAUUUCCCAUUCUUUAAAGAAGAUUUUGAAAAACAUAUAGAUAUGUUUGAUAGUACUAAUGAGCCACAUAAUGUUGAACAUGGUCAGGAUAUUACAUCUAAUAAGUCUUUAACAUUUCAUGAAAAUGAUAAUGUUGAUGAUGAUACAUAUAAUAAUAAUAUGGAUAAUGGCUUCAAAAAUGACAGAAAUGUUAAUAAUAAUAAUAUUGAUGGUGAUGAUAAUGGUGAUGGUAUUAAUGUUAGAACCGUUGAAAAAACUCAUUUAGACAUGUCAAAUAAUCUAAAUAAUUCAAAUGAUAAAGACAAUAUUAUGAAAAUGAAAAAAAGUAAUAAUAUUAACACAGAUAGUUACAAUAAUAAUAAUAUUAAUGUGAAGGUAAAAGAAAAAAAUUUAAUAUAUGAUUUAAACAAAAAUAUUUUUACAUCUUUUAUAUCUAUUAGAAAUGGAUUAGAUAAAAUGUAUCUAAAUGUAAAAAAAUUUUAUGUAUUAAAAGAAGUAUUAACAGAAAAAUUGAAUGAAUAUAAUACUACACAUGUAGAAUUACCAUUAGUUUUAUUUGAUUAUGCAAUUAUUCAAAUAUGUAAAAUAUGUAGAAUUCUUGAUUUUAAUAUAUCACAUUUAAUGUUGAUUGGAUUUGGAGGAUCUGGAAAACAAUCUUUAAUAAAAUUAAGUAUAUUUAUUAAUUCUUUAAAUUUAUUAAAUAUAUCAACAAAUAAUAAUUAUGAUGUUAAUAAUUUUAAAUCAGAUUUACAAGAAUUUCAUUUAAAAUGUGCCAUAAAACCAGGAAAUGUACAUGUCUUAUUAUUGAAAGAAAAUGAUAUAUUAGAUUCUUUUCUUCCUUAUAUAAAUGAUUUAACAUCAACUGGUUUAUGUAAUGAUUUAUUUACAAAAGAUGAAUAUUUAGGUAUAUUUUCUUCUAUACGUAAUCAAAUAAAAUAUUUAAAUAUAGGAGAAAGUAAUGAAGAUGUUUUUAAUUAUUAUAUUAAUAAAAUAAAAACAAAUUUUAAAAUUGCUAUCACUCAUUCACCUAUUAGUAAUUUAUACAGGGAUCGAUUAAUUAAAUUUCCUUCAUUUCUUUCUAAUUUUUCUUUUAUUUAUUUUUUACCAUGGCCAUAUGAAGCUCUUGUUAAUGUAUCGAAUAAAUUUUUAAGUGAUAUAAAGAUCAAACAAGAUCUGAAAAAAAAAAUUUGUGAACAUAUGGCAUAUGUUCAUACAAGUACUAAUGAAAUGAAUAAAAAAUAUUUAGAACAAAAAAUUAGAUAUAAUUAUGUUAUUCCUAAAACCUUUUUAGAAUAUAUUUAUUUUUAUAAGAAUUUGUUAAAUGUCAAAAAUUUUGAAAUUGAGAAAUCUGUAGAAAGAUUAAAUAAAGGGUUAUUAGCCCUAACUAGUACUAGAGAAAAUGUUCAACUGUUACAAAAAGAAAUUGAAAUAAAAAUUACGAACAUAGAAGAGAAAAAAAUUGAAGUCAAUGAAAUAUUGAAUAAAGUAAAAGAAGCAACUGAGGUAACUAAUAAAGAACAGCAAAUUGUUAAUGAAGAGAAAAAAAAAACAGAAAUAUUUACUAAAGAAGCUAUAGAAAUACAAUUAAAAGCUGAUAAAGAAUUAAGUGAGGCUUUACCUAUAAUGAAUAAAGCUAAAGAUGCUGUUAAUUGUAUAACUAAAUCAGCUAUUCAAGAAUUGAAAUCAUUACAGAAUCCUCCAAAAGAAUGUCUAGAUGUUACACAUGCAGUUUUAAUUGCAUUAAAAGAAAUUAAAAAUUAUUCUUGGAAAUUUGCACAGAAAAUUAUGAAUAAUCCUACUCAGUUUUUAAGUAAGUUACAAAAAUUUGAUGCCGAAAAUAUGGAUGAAGAAACUGUAAAUUUAUUAACACCUUUUAUUCAAAAAAAAUUCUUUAAUUAUGAGAUGAUGAAAACCAAAUCUUCAGCUUGUGCCUAUUUAGCUUUAUGGUUAGUAAAUAUAGUAAAAUAUAAUGAAGUAUAUAAAAAAGUUAAACCUUUAAUGGAUAAAUUACAAGAAGCAACUAACAAUAAAAAUAAAGCACAAGAAAAAUUAGAUCAAUUAGAGAAUAAAGUAAAAGAAUUAACAGAUAGUGUUGAAAAAUUAAGAAGAAAAAUGAAUGAAGUCAAUGAAGAAAAAAAUAAUGUAAUAAAAAUAUAUAAUGAAUCAAAAGACAAAUUAAAUAGAGCUGAAAAUUUAGUAAAUAUGUUAUCUGAUGAAUAUUCAAGAUGGUCUGAUGAAAUUGCUAUAAUUAAUUCUAAUAAAAAAUUUAUAUAUGGUGACUGUUUAUUACUUUCCUCCUUUAUAACAUAUUUAGGAGUUUUUUCAAGUUCUUUCAGAAUAAAAUUAUGGAAACAUUUAUGGCUAGAACAUAUAAAAAACAGUAAUAUUCUUAUUAAUAAUAUUACAUCUCCUAUUGAUAUUAUGGUUCAAGAUAUACAAAUAGCUACUUGGAAAAAUGAAAAAUUACCUGAAGAUAUAAUAAGUAUAGAAAAUGCAUUAAUUGUUAGUACUUGUUAUAGAUGGCCAUUAUUAAUUGAUCCUCAGUUACAAGGAUUAAAAUGGCUCAAGGCAAAAGGAGGAAAUAACAUUACCGUUCUUCAAUUUAAUUGUGAUCAUUUUAUUAAAAAAAUUAAAAAUGUUAUAUCAAAAGGGGGAUAUUUAAUAAUUGAAAAUAUUAGUGAAGAAAUUGAUAAUGUUAUUGAUGGAUUAUUAAAUAGGGAAUUUAUUAAAAAGGGAAAUGAUAUAUAUAUAAAAAUUGAUAAUGAAGAAAUGUUAUUUAAUUAUCCUAAUGCUAUAAAUAGAAUUGAUAAAAUCAAGUCUUUUUUUGAAACUAAUAUUAAUAGUAAUACUGCUACUACUACUACUACUACUACUAAUAAUAAUAAUAAUAAUAAUAAUAAUGAUAAUAUUACUAUCAAUAAUAGUGGUGCCUCCCAAAUAAACAACACAAAUAAUGAUAAUAACAAUAUUACAAUAGAUAAUCAAAAUAAUUAUGGUAAUGAACCAGGAGAUUCAAAUAAAAAUUAUCAUAAACAAAACUCACAAAAUAUGAAUAAAGCUUUUUCCAGCGAAAAUUUAUACAAAGUUAAUUUUUUUAAUCUCAUUUUACAAACUAAACUAAGUAAUCCACAUUUUAAACCUGAAGUCAAUAGCCAAUGUACCUUAAUCAAUUUUAGUGUCACUUGUGAAGGAUUAGAAGAACAAAUAUUAGCUAUAAUUGUAAAUAUAGAAAAACCAGAAUUAGAAAAACAGAAACAAAUAUUAGUAAAAAAUAGAAAUGAAUAUAAAAUCAUAUUAAAUAAUCUAGAAGAUGAAAUAUUAUAUCAAUUAUCUACUGUUGAUUCAAAAACAAUUAUAGAUAAUAUUUCAUUAAUUAAUAGUUUAAAAACUACAAAAGAUACUUCUAUUAAUAUACAAAAACAAGUUGCAGAUUCAAUUAAUACAGAAAAUGAAAUUAAUAAAACUAGAGAAUUAUAUAGAACUCUUGCUAAUGAAGCUUCUAUUGUUUAUUUUAUUUUAAUACUUAUGCAUAAUAUUAAUUAUAUGUAUCAAUAUUCUUUGGAUUCUUUUAUUAAUCUACUAUUAAAAUCUAUUGAAGUUGUUAAUAGUGAUAGUAUGAAAAUGUUAUCUAAUAAAAACUUAGAUAGUCAAAUAUCAAAUAAUAAUCAUAUGUAUGAUGAUGAUGAUAAUAAUAAUAAUAAUAAUGGUGAACAUAGACAUUUACAAAAACAUGAUGAUAAAUAUUACGAUUCUAAAAUAUAUCUUAAUGAUAAUGAUGAAAAUAAUAACAACAAUAAUGAUGAUAACAAUAAUAAUAAUAAUAAUAUUAAUAAUGUGUAUGAUGAACAUAUGAAUAAAUUAAUUAUAUCUUUUAGAAAAACGAUAUAUUCAUGGAUUAAUAGAGGAUUGUUAGAAAAAGAUAAACUUUUAUUUAAUUGUAUAUUUGUAUUUAAAUUAUUAGAAAAGAAAAAAAUUUAUGAUAAAGAUUUUAAUAUGGAUUAUCUAAAUUUCUUUUUAAAACCUCCAAGAGGUAAAGGUGUUACAGAAAACCCAUUAAAAGAAUGGCUUAGUGAUGAUUGUUGGGAAAAUAUUUUAAUAUUAUCCAAAUUUAAAGAAUUUGAAAAUUUAUCAAAUAAUAUUCAUAUAGAUGCACAACAUAAAUUUAAACAGUGGUGUUCAGAAAUACAACCUGAAAUAUGUAAAUUACCUUUAGAAUGGAAAAAAUUAAAUAAUUAUUCUUUCAAAAAAUUAUUAAUUAUUAGAUCCUUACGACCAGAUAGAAUAACAGUCACUUUAGAAAAAUAUAUUAAAAGUAUCUUACCAAAUAGUGAAGAAAUUAUGGAGAAAAAAAAUUCUUUUGUUGACACAUUAGAAUCUUCCUAUAAUUUUAUGGUUAAUUCAACACCAAUUUUAUUUAUAUUAACACCUGGUUCUGAUUUUAUAAAAUAUGUAGAAAUAUUAGGAAAAAAAUAUAAAUUCUAUUUAAACCAAAAUUUGCAUGUAGUUUCCUUAGGACAAGGACAAGAAUCAAUUGCUUUAUCAAAAUUAGAGUUAUCACAUAAAGAAGGCCAUUGGAUUGUUUUAGAAAAUAUACACUUAAUGGCAAAAUUUAAUUUAAUUCUAGAAAAUGUAAUAGAUAAAUAUGCUACUGAAGGUUCUCAUCCAAAUUUUAGAUGUUUUUUAACAUCAGAAAUAACAACAAAUAUUCCUAUCAGUAUAUUAGAAAGAUCUAUUAAAUUAACGAAUGAAGCUCCUACAGGUUUUAAAGAAAAUUUAAAAAGAGCAUUCACUUUUUUUUCACCAGAUGAUUAUGAAGAAAAAGAUUUAAGAACCAAAAAUAUAUUGUUUUCAUUAUGUUAUUUUCAUUCCAUAAUUGUUGAAAGAGCAAAAUUCGGUUCACAAGGAUUUAAUAUAAAGUAUCCAUUUAGUUUAAGUGAUUUAAGAGAUAGUGCGAAAGUCCUUUUUAAUUAUUUAGAUAAUCAAAAUUCUAUAAAAGUACCAUGGAACGAUUUAAAAUAUAUUUUUGGUGAAAUUAUGUAUGGUGGGCAUAUUGUUAAUGAUAAAGAUAUGUUGAUAUGUAAAACAUAUUUAAAUUAUUUUAUGAAAGAACAAUCAUUAGAAGGAAUGCAAUUAAUACCAUUCUCUAAAAAUAUACAAUUAUUUAGUCCUAAUAAUUAUUCUUAUGAAAAAAUUUUAAAAUAUAUAGAUACACAAAUAAUAUUUGAAUCUUCUAUUUUAUAUGGUUUAAAUCAACAUGCAGAAAUGAAUUUUAGAACAAAUGAAAGUAUUAAAUUGUUAAAAAAUAUAUUAAAAUUAAAACUUAAAGAAACAUCAACCUUUGUAGAAGAAUUAACAACUGGUGAGACUAAGGAAAAUAAAACAUCAAAUAUUUUAUCCGAAAUAUUAAGUGAAAUAGAUAAUAUCUUUUUUAAUGUGGAAGAACUUAUGAAAUCUAUACCAGAUGAUCAAAUAACUCCUUUACAAUAUUUUCUAUUUCAAGAAUGUACUUUAAUGAAUUCUUUAACUAGUGUAAUGAAAAAUUCUUUAAAAGAAUUGAAUUUAGCUAUUAAAGGUGAAAUUAAUAUGACAAGUAAAAUCGAAUCUCUUAUGAAUGCAUUAUAUAAAGAUAAAUUGCCAGAAUUAUGGAAAAAUAAUUCUUAUUCAAGUAAUCGAAAUUUAUCAUCCUGGGUUAAUAAUUUGAAAGAAAGAAUUGCUUUUCUAACCGAAUGGUUUAAUGAUCCUUUAUUAACACCUAAAGUUUUUAAUAUAUCUUUAUUAUUUAAUCCAAACAGUUUUUUUAGUGCAAUUAAACAAAUCUUAUCGAGAAAUGAAAAAUGUGAAUUAGAUAAAAUUAUUAUGCAAAUUGAAGUAACUAACAAAUCUUUAAAUAAUAUUCAUUCAUAUCCUAAAGAAGGUGCUUAUAUUUAUGGUUUAUAUUUAGAUGGAGCAAAUUAUGACGUAGAAAAAAAUACCUUAUGUGACUCUUCAUCAAAACAAAAAUAUUUCUUAAUGCCAGUUAUACACUGUAAACCAAUUGUUAGCAUGGGAAAAAUAGAUACAGAUGUAUAUGAAUGUCCUGUAUACAAAACCUUGUCGAGAGGACCUACAUAUGUAACAAAUAUAAAGUUAAAAACCAAGGAAAGUUCAGAAAAAUGGAUCUUAGCAGGUGUUGCAUUGAUUUUGGAUAUAGCAGAUGAUUAA